AUGGCCGCGCUGGCUCGCAGCGUCCUUGUGACGGGCUCCAACCGCGGCAUUGGGCUGGAGCUCGUCAGGCAGCUGGCCGCCGGCCCACGACCCCCCCAGCACCUCUUUCCAGCCACCUGCCGUGACCCCGAGGGUCCGAGAGGGAAGGCCCUGCAAGAAUUAGCUGCUCAGCACCCCAACAUCAAACUGGUCCAGCUAGACACAGUGAACUUGCCCAGCAUCCAAAGGGCCGUGCAGACUGUGGGGUCUCAUCUGAAGGACCAGGGCUUGAACUUGCUCAUCAACAAUGCGGGUGUCAGCUCCCACGCCACACUGCGCUCCCUGGAUUCCCAGGAGAUGCUCUCAGUGUUUGCCACCAACGUGGUUGGACCACUCCAGGUUACUAAG